AUGACGGACUUGAGAAUCACGAACCUUCGUCAAGGUAACGAUGAUCGAGGGGGGAGCCUGGGUCAUAUGAGGAACAUUGACAGCCGAGGUCAAAGAUCCUUUGAAGAAUUUGGCGAAAGAUUUUUGUUGAACUUUGCUACUAGCAAAAAACAGCCGAAAUCAGAGUUCGCACUGGGGAAAAUAAGACAACAACCCGACGAAACUCUACAGAAAUACUUGGAUCGUUUUAAAGUGGCAGCCUUGCAGGUUCCAAGGUUAUCUGGAAACGUACAACUACACCUGGUGAUAGCAGGGUUGCAUGGGUCCUCCAGGCUGGCUAAAUCGGUCUACAAAGAUCCGGUUCGAACAUUGGUGGAGUUCACAGCUCGGUCGAAGAAGUACCUUGAGCUAGAACAGAUAGAAUUAGAGAACAUAGAUCAGAGGCAGAACCCAAAUACGUUUGAAAAACUUGGGAAUCGAAGACAAAAAGAUUUCUGGGGUAAAAAGCAAGAAGAGAGAACCCCAGUAAGAGGAAAGUUUGAAAAAUACGCACCCCUUAAUACACCCAGAUCCCAAAUUUGGAAGGAGGUGGCUUCUACCGAGAUGAAGAAAGUUGAUGGACCUCGGCCGUUAUUGAAUCAAGCCGGGCUAGAUCAAUCUCAAUACUGUGUAUUUCAUGAUGGACUGGGGCACACAACUGAUGAAUGA